UCGAAUCAGGAUACAUAGAUAAAUGUCAAACUUCGUUUUAUUUCAGAACGGCGGGGAAUAUAUCAGCGAGAAGACAUCCAGAAAUAAUUGCUUCAUCAUUUCUGUGAUCCAAUUAUAUCUAAGCAUUGAGGACCUUAUGAACUUCAUUUAUGCAGCUUCUGAAGAGGCUUCAAAACAAGAGCAUCCAAAAUACGUCAAAGCCAUCUGAGAUUUGUUCCUCAGGGCUAAAGAUUAUGACCUCAACAGUAAAGAUCAAUGUCCGCUCAAUAUGGACUGGUUAAGGAAAGAAUUGAGUGACAAUUACUCAAAUACUUUUCAAUAUAAUCAGCAAGGAGAUCCUGAAUCCGUAUUCGUUCUCUUUAAUAGAGUCCUGAGAAAGAUUAUGGGUACUGAUACCACUGCAUUAGAAUCUGUAAAGCUUGAAAAUGGGUCUAUCGAUACUACUUCUCAGAACAUCACAGAUAGUAGUAUACUCUCCAAACUAGCGAAGAUUACCAAGCCUAGAAAAAUUGGCUGCAAGAGACUCAGCCAGCUAUAUGGAGUAUCCUUGCUGGUAAGAACAAGAUCGCUUAAAUCUAACCUCAAGCGCCCUGGUGAAGAGGAAGAUGCUACAAACGCAAUUAUUGACGACUAUUUCAGCUAUGAUUACCUCCACAGCACAUUCGAAGUUGAUGGUGUAGAGAAAGUAAAAUGAGGAACAAGUGAUAUCGUCAGAGUAGACUUCCGGGCUGUUCUUUGAGAAUUAGUCAAAUUUCAAUGGGAUCGAGAAUCGGCGAAAAAGAAGAUCCAAGGGAAAUUUUUCCUUUUUGCUCAUCAUGUCUGGCUUAAUAAUCAUCACAAGAAAUUAUUUAGUAUCAAAUCUUUAAUAGAAAGUGACGAUCCUGACCAAUUUGUAACUAAGCGUAAGGCUUACACCAUCACUAAGCUCCCAAAGUUUUUCGUAUUUAACUGUGAGUACGGAGAGUACUUUAACUACACCUCUAUGGGUGAGGAGUGUUCAAAGGAAGAUUUCCGGAGAUUCUUCUGAUAUAUACUCCCAAAAAGAUUCAAUAUUAGCCUCUGAAUGGACAUAUAUGAGGAAGAUGACGAGAACAUGACUCUGAGCAAGUCCAAUAGCUCAUACAAGAGAUCUAUCUCGUUUUGACAGAAUAGGAGGAUGGUCUCAGUACAUAGUGUGAUUGGAUACAACGGAGGUCACUAUAUAAACUAUUCUCGGAAGGGACAGUUUUGGUACAAAUUUGAUGACUCCCAUUACCAUGAAAUCGGGGUAUUUAAAGACAUGCUGUCUGAUAUGGCUGAAGGAAAAGUUCUCCCUUACUUCGUGGUAUACAAGGUCGAGAGUAAAUAAAGAAUCAUUAAUACCAGUGAAAAGAGAUACUAUAAAGGAGUCAAAUGCUACUCAAUGUAACAAAAGUGGCAAAGGGUUCUUCUCCCUUGAGGAAAAGAAAGUUUUGGGUGGAAAUGAAACGACACCUAAUUGACUACCUUCAUCUACAAUGGACCCAAUUGAAAAGAAUCGGAUGCAGACUGUAUACACUAUCAAUCACGAGGAAGAGGAAAGUAUCAAAGAAAGCAUAAAGAAGGUCCCUCAAAGGAUGACUGUGAAAGCUGAUAAAAACGAGAACAGAUACUCCACAUUUAAAACAGUUGGAUCAGAGAGUAAAUAAGCUUGAGAUCACAAAUGGUUUAAAGACAGCUACUAUCUCUGAAAGCGAGGAAACUGAGGAAAGUUUUAAAAUUAUUCAACCUAUUCCUUUGAAGAAACAUAAAAGAAAGAGAGAGCAGGAGGAUGACAAGCCAGCCAAGAUGGCCGUAAGCCAGAAUGAAACUAUUAAAGAGCCCUCAGUGAAAUGAUGCCAAUGAACAAUUUUCUAAUCCCUCCUGCUAACCAAUACCAU